AUGCCUGUUCCAGGAAUGUUUAAGAGUUUAUCUUGUACAGGUCCUUAUGCAAUGGCUUUGAAGAUUUGUAUUCCAACAAUGGUUGUCCUAGUGGGGGUUCUGGUUCUUUAUUUUUCUAUAUCUCCAACCCACGCGCAAGAUGCACCGUUGUACAGAGAUCCAAAACAGCCUGUUGAAACUCGAGUUGAGGAUCUUCUGCGAAGAAUGACUUUAGCAGAGAAAAUUGGUCAAAUGGCACAGAUGGAAAGGGAAAACAUGACUGCUGAUAUUAUGAAAGACUACAACAUUGGUAGUGUGCUUAGUGGAGGAGGAAGUUGGCCUAAACAAAAUGCUACUGCCAAAGAUUGGGUUGAUGUGAUAAAUGACUUUCAAAAAGGUGCUACAUCUACUAGGCUUGGCAUUCCCUACAUUUAUGGGAUUGAUGCUGUCCAUGGCAACAACAAUGUGUACAAGGCAACAAUUUUCCCCCACAAUGUUGGCCUUGGAGUGACUAGGGAUCCUGAGCUUGUUAAAAGAAUUGGAGCUGCAACUGCUCUUGAGUGCAGAGCAACAGGGAUUCAAUAUGCUUUUUCUCCAUGCAUUGCGGUUUGUAGAGAUCCAAGAUGGGGCAGAUGCUACGAAAGCUACAGUGAGGAUCACACUAUUGUGCAGCAAAUGACUGAAAUUGUGGCUGGUUUGCAAGGUGAUAUCCCCGAAGGCCAUCCUCAGGGUUAUCCCUAUCUUGGUGGACAAGAUAAGGUGGUUGGUUGUGCAAAACAUUAUGUGGGCGAUGGGGGUACUGUCAAAGGAAUCAACGAGAAUAACACCAUCAUUGAUUGGAAGGGAUUGCUUGACAUUCAUAUGCCUGCAUACCCUGACGCCAUCAGGAAGGGUGUUGGAACAGUCAUGAUUUCCUAUUCCAGCUGGAAUGGAGUGAAAAUGCAUGCUAAUCAUGAUCUUAUUACCAAUUACCUUAAGGGAACCCUAGGUUUCAAGGGUUUUGUCAUCUCUGAUUGGCAAGGGAUCGACAAAAUCACGUAUCCUGCCCAUUCAAACUAUACAUACUCCGUUGAAGUUUCAAUCAAUGCUGGACUUGACAUGAUCAUGGUUCCUUACAACUACACUGAAUUCAUUGAUACCGUGACCUUUCUAGUAGAGAAAAACUACAUUCCAAUGAGUCGAAUUGAUGAUGCAGUUCGGAGGAUUUUAAGAGUUAAAUUUAUAGCAGGACUUUUUGAGAAACCCUUUGCUGAUCUUAGCUUUGCAGAUCAAUUAGGAAGUCAGGAACACAGAGAUUUGGCAAGAGAAGCUGUGAGGAAGAGCCAAGUGUUAUUGAAGAAUGGAAAGCAUCCAAAUAAUCCCUUGCUUCCUCUACCUAAAAAAGCACACAAGAUUCUGGUUGCUGGAACUCAUGCCAAUGAUAUAGGUUUGCAAUGUGGUGGUUGGACCAUUACAUGGAGGGGAAUGGCAGGCAACAACAAUACCAUUGGAACCACAAUCUUAAGUGGCAUCAAAUCUGCAGUUGAUCCAAGCACAAAAGUGGAAUACAGGAAGAAACCUAGUAGCAGAUUUGUUAAAGCCAUGCAAUUCGAUUAUGCCAUUGUUGUUGUUGGAGAGCCUCCUUAUGUGGAGACAUUUGGAGACAAUCUCAACUUGACAAUUCCUCAAACCGGCCUACGAACAAUCCACAAUGUGUGCAACAAUGUCAAGUGUGUUGUGGUGCUAAUCUCAGGCAGACCUCUUGUGAUUGAGCCUCACCUCCCAAAGAUUGAUGCUUUGGUUGCUGCAUGGCUGCCUGGCUCUGAAGGCCAAGGGGUGUCUGAUGUUCUCUUUGGAGAUUUUGGAUUUACAGGAAAGCUUGCAAGAACUUGGUUCAAGAGAGUUGAUCAACUACCAAUGAAUGUUGGAGAUCCUCACUACGAUCCAUUGUUUCCAUUUGGUUUUGGACUAGAAACUAAGCCAAUUGUUGCUGGUAAUCAUUAG